UAAAAAUGCUAGAUAGAGCGACGAUCGGGCGUUGUCAAUAAUCCGAAACAUGUUGCCAUUAGAGUUUUAUGCACAGUAUUUUGAUCUGCAAGAACGAGGAUGCUGUUCUCUUGAGGGUUCUUUCUCUUGGUGUAAGAAACAUUAUGUUUUGUUAUCCCCCGAUCUUUGGGUUUGAGAAACCCUUUUUGGGCACAUGGAAGGACUGUUUUUGUACUGUGAACAACACGAGGAUUUACAGCAAAUUAUGUUUCAAAAUGUUUACUUUUUUCAACGCCGUUUUUAAAGGUAACUUGUGCCUCUUGGCCCAGCUGGCCUUCUCGUUUAUUUGGUAUUUUUUGUACUUCAUUCUGCAGCUCUUAUAUCUUAAAUUUAAAUGCAUGAACACAAACUUUCACAGGCAAAGAAAAAUGAUAUCCAAGCCUCUUUCCGGUCAGUUAGAAAUUUGAUAGCUGCAGGGACAAAUGUUGCUGUUGCUGAUGUAUUGGCAGCUCGAAAAGAUUUGUGUAAGUUGGAAAAGACAAGUUCAGGUGAAGCGAGAGAAGUAACAAAAUGUGACAUUAACAAAAUCCUGAUUGGAAAGGUUCCCGAUCGAGGAGGACGACCAUCGUCAGAAGCACCGGCUCCAGAAAUGCCAGCAUUUAGAAAACGAACAGAGCCACAGCGAGGCCAAGGUUGGAGAAACGAUCGAGGAGGACACGGCGGCAGAGGAGGACACGGUGGUAGAGGUGGCUAUGGAGGAGGUGGCGGUGGCGGUGGUGGCGGUGGUGGCAGUGGUGGCGGUGGUGGCAGUGGUGGCGGUGGUGGUGGGCAGAGUGGUCGAGGAGGCGGAUGGGGCGGUAGAGGGGGGCCUCGGGGAGGAAGAGGACGUGGUAAUUACGGUGGAAAUCGUGAUAGCGAGAAAAUGUACUUUAGCUGAAAAUAAUUAGACAUCUAUAUUGAAAUGAUUUAGCUUUAAUGAUAAGAAUUUAAAUGGUGUUUCAUUUUUAAAAGCUUGCUUCUCAUGUCAAGUUUGUUGCCCUUCCAAGAAAUGGACUACCGUGUUGAUAUCUUUGUUAAGCAGCGCAUAUCAAAGGCAGCAUACGCACUGUGUUAAAUGAAUAUAGUCUAUAGGAAUAUUAAGGCUGAAAAUCUCUGGAAAUUUAGUAUAAUAUAUGAAAAAUGCAAGGCUAAAGCUUGAUCAGAAAUUAAUUUUUUUGUUAAUUUAAGUUUUUGGAGAGCAAAACAAUGAGAGUUAUGCGCAAUGUGUUUUGAAAUAGACGUAUGUGGCCUUGGAGUGCUGGAACAUAACUCUUGCUAAAUACAGAGUAAUUUUUGCAGAUGAUACCGAAAACUACGUAGGAGCUGCUAAAAUCGACAGAAUUGAGGUGGUCCUAUCAGAUUUAGUUUUAUAGUAAUUGUUCUAUAUUUAUUGUCUUGUCCUGUCCUGUCCUGUCCUGUCCUGUCCUGUCCUGUCCUGUCCUGUCCUGUCCUGUCCUGUCCUGUCCUGUCCGUCCUGUCCUGUCCUGUCCUGUCCUGUCCUGUCCUGUCCUGUCCUGUCCUGUCCUGUCCUGUCCUGUCCUGUCCUGUCCUGUCCUGUCCUGUACUGUCCUGUACUGUCCUGUACUGUCCUGUACUGUCCUGUACUGUCCUGUACUGUCCUGUACUGUCCUGUACUGUCCUGUACUGUCCUGUACUGUCCUGUACUGUCUUUUUAAUGACGUAACUCAUCAACAAAGAUUUGAUUUUUUCUCUGAUCUUCAGGCGAAUUUACACAUUGUGUCGCUUAAGACUUAUUUAAGAAUAAUCUUAGGCUCAUAAUUAAAAAAGUUGAGAACAUACAUGCUCAACAAAAUAUUUGGUAUUUUUAUAGAAAAGUGUGUAUUUUUCUUAAACCAAUGAUAACUUUCUGCUUAUCAGCCAUUCGGGAAACACUUUUCAGCGACUGAUCUACGCCCUUACAAUGCAUCAUAAUUUUAAUGAGGCAACUUUGCCCGGGACUUUUCUUUCCAAUCGAAGGUGGAAAUGCUUCUAUCGUUUUAGAGUUGCAUCUUAUACAGAUUAAGAAAGUAAAUUAAUCGUUGGUUCAGAACUAAGAGAUUUCCGGAGAGUUAUUUAAGUACAACGUCAGCUAGUCAUUAAUGACAGCAGUAAAAGGAAAGAGUAUUUCUAAUUACUUUGGCCAAUAUGUUUAAUGCUGCCAGGUACAGUUAAAAGUCCUUUAUCUGAUGUACUAAGUGUGCUAACGUACAUUAAUGACGAGUUGAACAAUUCUACCGCGUGUAGUUGAGGCACAGUGGGAAAACAAUGACGCAGAAUAAACUAAUUCUCUCAAAGGACUAUAUUGAUUCCUGUAUUUUUCAUUAAUACCACCUCAAAUGAAGCCUCAAUUCAUUUCAUGAUAAAUAAAGAUUAUAUACUUUACAAUUUUGUAGCUUUUAUUUAGAUGUACCUUAGUGAUAGAACAUCAUAUGGUCAUAUGUUUGGACCUUUUGAAUUUGCCACACAGUGGUUGUACUGGGGACUCGAGACUUUCUUCCUUUUUUUCAUUUCCUUUUCUGUUUUCUAAUGGAAUUUACCUAAUGUGAAUAAUUCAAAAUACAGUAUGUUUAGGCACAAUUUCCACAACUCGAACCCUCAGAAAGGUCUACAUACAAUGCCUGCCAAAAGUCUUGGAACACUGACAUCAAUUUCCAAGGUCAAAACCAAUCAUCCCCCUCUCCCCCACGGAACAAUGUUGGUUUACUAUCAAACGGAUUAGGAUUUUAGGAAGCACUUUCUUUUGCGCUUCUUUUAUGAUAUUUCUCUAAAUCAUCAACAUUGUUUGAGGGGGAAGGGGGCGGAAGUAGCAAAUUUUUUUCAUGAAAGGAAUGAAAGAUAUCAAAUGCAGCGUAAAUUGGUGGGUGUUCCAAGUACUUUUGGCAGGCAUUGUCUGAAUUUCAUUUUGAAGCUUAUUAGAUAUACCACCAAAACCAAUAUCCUCCUAUAGGUUUUUGAUGGUGCUGAUUCCAUUUCUGCCAUUUUCAACAUCGUACGUGUUACCGAUAAGGAGAUAUGGGGGUAUUGUCUUUUUUCGGGGGUGGGGGUAAGCUACCCCCAUAAAACUAAAUGCCAUAUUUCAAUUAAGGUUAAAAUUGCUAAAAUCAAAAUCGAUUUCCAAUAAAUAGGAUCAAGAUUGUAUUUUGAAUCUUUUCAAAGGCUCGUAGCUAGAUGGCUGUCUAAGAAAUAAUGGGAUAGAUGAAGGAGACAAAUAUGAGUGGCAGCUAGAAAAUAAUCUAAAAAUGGAAAGGAUGCAAUUUUAUAAAAGUGACAUCGAUUCCUCUGUUUCAUGUUUCUAAUUAUAGAUAAGGUCGUAUUUGAGAAUUAUGUCGGGUAGUUGCUCUCCUUUUAUCACGGAUUUACAAGUUGCCAUUCAUAUAGGCCCUUGUUGUGCAAUUCAGUGCCCAAAUGACAAAUUUCAGAGUGUUUACCUAAAUUGUAGAAAGGAACCCCGUGUUUCCCACAUCAGAGUUCCCAACUGAUUGAUCUACUAUUCCAUGUCGGUUGGUAAGGGAACUGAAAUAAAACUGACAUCCACUCGCCUUCCUGCGCUCCUAAAUGCUUGGCCCAGAAGCACUACAAAGAAAGCCCUCUUCCCUACUGUUACUGCAUUGCCAAAAUGGCCUUUAAGUUAGACUCUACCUGCUAUAUUUAUCUUCAUAAAGCGCAAGGCAGAUUAUUUCAUCGUUAAUUGAUUGCUGUAUAUGUUUGCUUGACAUUUGCCAUAACAAAAUAUCUUAUUUCAUCGAAUGUAGCGCGCGUCGAUGUGAAGGACAAGGCCCCGCAAGGCAACUCUCACCCUCGGAAAUGAACGCUUGUAGACCGUUGUGUAGACCGUGGCUGUUUCUUUGCAAUUUUCUGACUUGUCAGGGGGAGGUUUGCCCCCAAAAUCACCCAAAAGGUGUAUAAUAAUACCCCUCAAAGAUAAAAUUAACCUUUGUAUGAAUUCCAUGAAGAAAACGGCAAAAUAUGACGAAAAUCCCACGGUCUACACUCAAAAGGAGAAUAAGAUCUAGAGUACUUCAAAUUCAAUUCUCAGAAAGUGUAGACCGUUGACACUUUCCUGAAUUUCUUCAGUUUUACAACUUGUAUCGAUCUGAAAACCUACAAUAUUUUUAUACUAGCCAUGCACACCUACUGACGAGGUUUCGUCUACUUUCUUUGAAAAAUACGAUUUUUAUGAACAUUUUAAAUGUGUAGACCGUGGCUGUAGACCGUUGGUAACCAUUGGCAAUAGGCAUUUUCAUACUACAUCACGUGCCCAAUAGGAAAGGAGCGUUCUUUCAAUUCCUAGCAUACUUUAACAAUGGAAAACGAACAAUUAUAAUUGGCACAAACCAUUUUCCAAUUACUGGGACAAGGGAAGAUAGAAAAUAAUAGGGAAUGGGGUGUCUAUGAGCGCUACCAUGUUGCCACAUGUGAAUGCGAAGGAGCAUAGCCUAAGCAAAUUUAUUAAAUUCGUAGAUGGUUUUGGGAGGGUUAUGGUGGAUAAAAUUGAGCCAUUUGAACAGUUUCUCACCAGCAUGUUGUUCGCAAUUAUUUAGAUCAUGCAUGGUUUGUAGACAUUCUCAUGAAUUUUUUUGUUUUUUCAUCAAUAAUUAAACCAUAAAUAAGGGGACUUUUCAGAAAAAAACACUUUUUCAAAGGUACUAAACUGUACUGUUUUUCCUUUGAAAAUUGAUAAAUUUCUUAAACCGAUGAUCGAAUUCUGCACAAAAUACUUGUUUUCAAUAAUGAUUUAAAUGAUAUUGACGGAAAAAAUCAGUAGAAUGUUUUUUGUAACAAAUAACAAUACUCGGAUAUCUACUAUAUCAAUCGUUCAGAGUCCCAACCCCCUCCCCCCCUUUUAACUGUGUAAAGAGUGAAAAUUUCGAAUUUUAAUUAGUAGCAGUGAGAUCAGCACCAUCGAAAACCCUAGGGUAGCACAAUGUUUUGAUAUCGCAGAUUGCUGUUUUCGAGAAAAUUUUCAGACAAUGCCUGCCAAAAGUCUUGGAACACUGACAUCAAUUUCCAAGGUCAAAACCAAUCAUCCCCCUCUCCCCCACGGAACAAUGUUGGUUUACUAUCAAACGGACUAGGAUUUUAGAAGGCACUUUCUUUUGCGCUUCUUUUAUGAUAUUUCUCUAAAUCAUCAACAUUGUUUGAGGGGGAAGGGGGCGGAAGUAGCAAAUUUUUUUCAUGAAAGGAAUGAAAGAUAUCAAAUGCAGCGUAAAUUGGUGGGUGUUCCAAGUACUUUUGGCAGGCAUUGUCUGAAUUUCAUUUUGAAGCUUAUUAGAUAUUCCACCAAAACCAAUAUCCUCCUAUAGGUUUUUGAUGGUGCUGAUUCCAUUUCUGCCAUUUUCAACAUCGUACGUGUUACCGAUAAGGAGAUAUGGGGGUAUUGUUAUUUUUCGGGGUGGGGGUAAGCUACCCCCAUAAAACUAAAUGCCAUAUUUCAAUUAAGGUGAAAAUUGCUAAAAUCAAAAUCGAUUUCCAAUAAAUAGGAUCAAGAUUGUAUUUUGAAUCUUUUCAAAGGCUCGUAGCCAGAUGGCUGUCUAAGAAAUAAUGGGAUAGAUGAAGGAGACAAAUAUGAGUGGCAGCUAGAAAAUAAUCUAAAAAUGGAAAGGAUGCAAUUUUAUAAAAGUGACAUCGAUUCCUCUGUUUCAUGUUUCUAAUUAUAGAUAUGGUCGUAUUUGAGAAUUAUGUCGGGUAGUUGCUCUCCUUUUAUCACGGGUUUACAAGUUGUCAUUCAUAUAGGCCCUUGUUGUGCAAUUCAGUGCCCAAAUGACAAAUUUCAGAGUGUUUACCUAAAUUGUAGAAAGGAACCCCGUGUUUCCCACAUCAGAGUUCCCAACUGAUUGAUCUACUAUUCCAUGUUGGUUGGUAAGGGAACUGAAAUAAAACUGACAUCCACUCGCCUUCCUGCCCUCCUAAAUGCUUGGCCCAGAAGCACUACAAAGAAAGCCCUCUUCCCUACUGUUACUGCAUUGCCAAAAUGGCCUUUAAGUUAGACUCUACCUGCUAUAUUUAUCUUCAUAAAGCGCAAGGCAGAUUAUUUCAUCGUUAAUUGAUUGCUGUAUAUGUUUGCUUGACAUUUGCCAUAACAAAAUAUCUUAUUUCAUCGAAUGUAGCGCGCGUCGAUGUGAAGGACAAGGCCCCGCAAGGCAACUCUCACCCUCGGAAAUGAACGCUUGUAGACCGUUGUGUAGACCGUGGCUGUUUCUUCGCAAUUUUCUGACUUGUCAGGGGGAGGU